CUGACGACCAACUGUGUCAGGCUCCAUUCUGCCAACCCUCUCUGAUAACCGGCAUCUUCUCUUGGAUAUUUCAUACGUGCUGCUUUUUACUGAAAAUACUACACAAUGAGUGGUGAUCAUGGUUACAAAGACUACCAGAUGGACUCUGGUGCUCGUAUCAAUGACUCUCAGAGACACAAGGACAAACACAGAGACAAGGAGCACAAACACAAGGACCACAAGAAAGACAAGGAGAGGGAGAAAUCCAAGCACAGCAACAGCGAUCACAGAGAGCCUUCUGAGAAGAAGCACAAAGACCGCGAGCGAGAGAAAGAGAAAGAGAGGGUGAAACAUAAAGAUGACAGCCUGGAGAGGCACAAGGACAAAGAGAAGAGACGCGAGGAAAAGAUGAAGUCCCAUAGUGCAGAUGGCAAACACAAGAGGGAGAAGGAGAAUGGUUUUGCGAGCCCUCCUCGCAUUAAAAGUGAAAAUGAUGACAAUGGCUACUACCACUCCCCCAAGCAUGAGAAGUCAGUGAAAAGGCAGUUUGAGGAAGACGAGGUAGAAUAUAAACCUAAGAAAGUCAAGGUGGAGAAUGAAAAGAAGGCGAAAAAGAGGAAACACGAGGAUUAUUAUGAAGACGAGGAAGAAGAAGAGGAUGUUAAACCCAAGAAGAAGACGAAAGACAAGAAACAGGAGACAGCUGGCGGCAAAAAGAAGCUGAAGAAAGAGCCGGAGCAGAAGUGGAAAUGGUGGGAAGAGGAGAGAGCCACAGAUGGAUCCAAAUGGAGGUUUCUAGAACAUAAAGGGCCUGUGUUCGCGCCUCCCUAUGAGCCUCUUCCUGGGCAUGUCAGAUUUUAUUACGAUGGGAAGCCAUUCAAGUUGAGCACCUCUGCCGAGGAGGUGGCCACAUUCUUUGCCAAAAUGCUUGAUCACGAGUACACCACUAAAGACGCUUUCAGAAAGAACUUUUUCAAAGAUUGGAGAAAGGAAAUGAUAUCAGAGGAGAAGGGAAAGCUAACAGACCUGAACAAGUGUGACUUCAGUGAGUUGAGUGAGUACUUCAAGGCUCAGUCAGAAGCCAGGAAACAGAUGACAAAAGAGGAGAAACUGAAAAUCAAAGAAGAGAACGAACGAAUCCUGGAGGAGUACGGCUUCUGCGUGAUGGAUAACCACCGCGAGCGCAUCGGCAACUUCCGCAUCGAGCCCCCGGGACUGUUCCGCGGCCGUGGCAACCAUCCCAAAAUGGGGAUGCUGAAGCGCCGCAUUCGUCCACAGGAUGUCAUCAUCAACUGCAGCAAGGAUUCCAAACACCCCAAGCCCCCGUCUGGCACCAAGUGGAAGGAAGUUCGUCAUGACAACAAGGUGACGUGGCUGGCUUCUUGGACGGAGAACAUCCAGGGCUCCAUCAAAUACAUCAUGCUCAACCCCAGCUCCAGGAUCAAGGGUGAGAAAGACUGGCAGAAGUAUGAGACGGCUCGGCGGCUGAAGAGCUGCGUGGACCGUAUCCGGAACCAGUACCGCGAGGACUGGAAGUCCAAGGAGAUGAGGAUCAGACAGCGAGCCGUGGCUCUAUACUUCAUUGACAAGCUGGCCCUGAGAGCGGGCAAUGAGAAGGAGGAGGGCGAGACGGCGGACACGGUGGGCUGCUGCUCGCUGCGCGUGGAGCACAUCAAGCUCUACCCCGAGAUGGACGGCCAGGAGUACGUGGUGGAGUUUGAUUUCCUGGGGAAGGACUCCAUCCGCUACUACAACAAGAUGCCUGUGGAGAAGAGGGUAUUUAAGAAUCUUCAGCUAUUCCUGGAAAACAAGCAGCCUGAAGAUGACCUCUUCGACAGGCUCAAUACGUCCAUCCUGAACAAGCACCUCCAGGAGUUGAUGGAAGGGCUGACUGCCAAAGUGUUCCGUACCUACAACGCCUCCAUCACGCUCCAACAGCAGCUGAAGGAGCUCACCUGCUCUGAUGACAAUCUUCCAGCCAAGAUCCUCUCCUACAACCGAGCCAACAGAGCUGUUGCUAUACUGUGCAACCACCAGAGGGCUCCACCGAAGACCUUUGAGAAAACCAUGCAAAACCUCCAGACCAAAAUUGAUGAAAAGAAGAAACAGCUCUCAUCUGCCAAGAAGGAGCUAAAGUCGGCUAAAGCAGAUGCUAAGACUCUCCACGAUGACAAAAGCAGAAAAGCUGUGGAGACCAAGAAGAAGGCGGUGCAGAGGAUAGAGGAGCAGCUGAUGAAGCUGGAGGUGCAGGCCACUGACCGCGAGGAGAACAAGCAGAUCGCCCUAGGCACAUCCAAGCUCAACUACUUGGAUCCGCGCAUCUCCAUUGCCUGGUGUAAAAAGUACGAGAUCCCUGUGGAGAAAAUCUACAACAAAACCCAGCGCGAGAAGUUUGCCUGGGCCAUUGACAUGGCAGAUGAAGACUUUGAGUUUUAAACCUCCCCAUCUCUCUCUUCUUUCUCUCUCUCUCUCUCUCUCUCUCUCUCUCUUUCUCUCCCUCUCUUUCUUGUUUUCUGUUUUUUUAAAAACCACAAGUCCUUGCAUUCAACCUAAUUCAAGAAAUGUACAUUUUUAGCGUUGAUGAUUUCACCAUGUGUGUGUCUUCACAAGAAGAGGAUGGGUGGGUGGACCAUGGGAAAACGUGGAGGGGUCAGUUAGGUAAAAAGCAGAAAAAAAAUACUGGGGCCACCCUCUUUACAGUUCAGUGAGG